CCGUCAUUUGUUCCUCAGUUUCUAUCGAUCCUCACGGUUCCUCAGGCACUGUACUGGGCAAAUCUCUGUCUUUUAUUUAUCUUCUCCUUCAAUCUCUCACUCCAAAAAUCCAGUAACAUCAUCGAAGACUCAAAGAGAAAGGAAUCAGUGAUCUCGAACGAUCGUGCCAGUGUUUAUCUUGAGAGAGAAUGGCUUCAACACCUUGUGCAGCAUGCAAGCUCUUGAGAAGAAAGUGCACUCAAGAAUGUGUUUUUGCGCCCUAUUUUCCACCAACUCAGCCUCAAAAGUUUAUAUAUGUUCACAAAGUCUUUGGAGCAAGCAAUGUGACCAAGAUCCUCAACGAUCUCCCACCACCAAACCGAGAAGACGCUGUUAAUUCCCUCUACUAUGAAGCCGAGGCCCGUAUCCGUGACCCUAUCUAUGGAUGCGUUGGUCUCAUCUCCUUCUUACAACAAUGUCUCAAGAAAAUCCAACAAGAUCUUGUCACUGCUAAAGAAGAGCUUGCUGGUUAUAUUGGACCCGAUGCUGUGAAUCCGCAACAGCCUUAUCUUCCUCCUCUAGCCAACAAUCCUCCUCCCAAUUUCAUGAUGGCUAUGGAAGGAAUGCCACAUGGAGUGGUCCCUCAAGGAGAGCCGUUGAUCAUACGCGAACCAAACAUGCCUCAGCACCAACAUCAACCGCAAGAUGAGCAGAUGCAACUCAUGGGUACUGAUGCACAGAGAAUGGCUGCAAUGAUUUUGGAGAGAGGAGAUCACCAACAAGAGAUGUUCAAUGGUUACGGGAUAGACAACAAUGGGUCGGUUACAGCCACAGGGUAUAACCAGAUGGAUGUGAACGAUCACACGGCUGGUGGGUCGUUGUCUGGACCAUCUCUUGCUUUAGGAAGCUUUGGUGAUGCUUAUCAAAUGGGUCACGAGACAGAGCAUCACAUCAGUCAUGAUCAGCUUCAGACACAGCUUAUGCUUCAGCCUCCAUUACAGGAAGGCCAAGAGCAAAAUGAAGGACAGUUUCUGAUGCAGCCAAUGGGACAAGAGAAUCUCCAUGAAGAAGAGGAUGAGGAAGAGCUUGAGCCGCCGGUUAAGUGGAGGAAAUCUGACAGCAAGGAAGCUAGUUAUUGAUUAAAACCAAGAAAAUAAGACAUUUUCAUUUGAUGGAUAGUUACUCUUGAGGGUCUAAGUUGCUUUUUUUUUUAAAUUUAAUAAAUGGCAUUAUUCAUUGAUUAAUGUUAGCAUCGACAGA